CUGAAGGGCGGGGCUGGAUGGCGAGCUAACAGACCUAAAGUCUGGAUCGGUACACUUCCUUUCUCUGGGUGUUAGACAGCCUGAGAAAACUUAGCUUUAGGUCAAACUCGAGAUAGUUUCUUUUAAAUGCGCUCCGAAGAGUUAGUCUUAAAGAGUUUUGGGCUGGAAGGCUGGUGGGAGUAAUAAGACCGUAUUGAAGAAACAGGACCGGGGGUUAGCUACACUGAAGAAGUAGACAGCUUUUCUGUAAAGAAUCUAAUGAGCCGCGCAAAAAGUUAGACAUUAAGUUGGAUCUUAAAACAGGAAUAAGGAAACUUGAAGAUUUCAAUGAUGACGGAGAAAGAGUUGGUGAUUGACGACAUGAUAACAGAUGCAAUGGCCACUCCAUCUCCAGCCAAGAGUAUGGGCGACCCAGGCAUCACGCCACUUUCCCCCACACACGUACUGAACGACUCAGAAGAGAAUGAGCCUACGAGACACCCCUAUGUGGUGGUGGUGGCCAUUGACUUUGGCACCACCUCCAGUGGCUACGCAUACGCCUUCACUAAAGAGCCAGAGUGCAUUCACACUAUGAGACGCUGGGAGGGUGGUGACCCAGGGGUGUCAAAUCAGAAGACGCCCACCACCAUUCUACUGAGUCCAGACAGGAAGUUCCACAGUUUUGGUUAUGCAGCCCGAGAUUUUUACCACGACCUGGAUCCCACCGAGUCUAAGCAAUGGCUCUACCUGGAGAAGUUUAAAAUGAAACUACACACCACUGCAAAUCUGUCCAUCGAUACAGAUUUACAUGCUGCCAAUGGGAAAAAGGUGAAAGCUCUGGAUAUUUUUGCUUAUGCUCUGGCCUUUUUUAAGGAGCAGGCUCUUAAGGAGCUGAGUGACCAAGCAGGGGCAGAUUUUGAUAAUGCUGACGUCAGAUGGGUCAUCACAGUACCGGCCAUCUGGAAAAUGCCGGCUAAGCAGUUUAUGAGAGAGGCAUCGUAUAAGGCUGGUCUGGCUUCUCGUGACAACCCUGAUCAGCUGAUCAUUGCUCUGGAACCAGAGGCUGCGUCCAUUUACUGCAGAAAGCUUCGUCUCCACCAAAUGGUGGAUUUGGGCAACAAAACAUCCCUGAAUGGUUACAGCCCAACUGAGAAUGUUGGGGCAGGAAUGACCCAGGCCAAGGAGCAUGUGCGCCGUAACCGACAGAGCCGCACCUUUGUGGUGGAGAAUGUCAUAGGAGAGCUCUGGUCUGAACUCACUGAAGGUGACCGUUAUGUGGUGGUGGAUUGUGGAGGAGGGACGGUGGAUCUUACUGUGCAUCAGAUUCGGAUGCCGGAAGGGCACUUGAAGGAGCUUUACAAAGCCUCAGGAGGCCCGUAUGGCUCUAUCGGUAUAGAUUAUGAAUUUGAGAAGCUCCUGUGUAAGAUAUUCGGACAGGAUUUCAUUGACCAGUUUAAGAUCAAGCGUCCGGCUGCCUGGGUGGAUCUGAUGAUUGCAUUUGAAUCUCGUAAGAGAGCGGCAGCUCCUGACCGAAGCAAUCCAUUGAAUAUUAACCUGCCCUUCUCUUUCAUCGACUACUACAAGAAAUUCAGAGGACACAGCGUAGAGCAUGCGCUGAGGAAGAGCAAUGCUGAAUUUGUGAAGUGGUCUUCACAAGGCAUGCUGAGGAUGAGCCCAGAUGCAAUGAAUGCACUGUUCAAACCAACUAUAGACCACAUUAUACAGCACCUGACUGAGUUAUUUGAUAGGCCAGAGGUGACAGACAUCAAGUUCCUUUUCCUGGUGGGAGGAUUCGCAGAGUCUCCGCUGCUGCAGCAGGCCGUUCAGAAUAUGCUUCAGGGCCGCAGCCGAAUUAUUAUACCGCAUGAUGUGGGCUUAACCAUCCUCAAAGGGGCAGUGUUAUUCGGUCUGGAUCCCAGCAUCAUAAAGGUGCGCCGCUCUCCGCUCACCUAUGGUGUGGGCGUCCUGAACCGUUUCAUAGAGGGGAAGCACCCGCCGGAGAAGAUGCUUGUAAAGGAAGGUACACGCUGGUGCACCGAUGUCUUCGAUACGUUCAUCUCCACCGAUCAGUCAGUGGCGCUGGGAGAAACGGUAAAGCGUAGCUACACACCGGCGAAACCGUCACAGCAGGUGAUCGUCAUUCACGUAUACUGCUCAGAAAAAGAGUCGGUCAGCUUCAUCACGGACCCAGGCGUGAGGAAGUGUGGUACACUGAAGCUGGAUGUGAGCGGUACUGAGAGUCCGGCAGCACGAAGAGAGAUCCAGACGCUCAUGCAGUUCGGAGACACUGAGAUAAGAGCCAUGGCUGUCGAUGUGGCAACCUCUCGCAGUGUCAAAGCUAGCAUCGAUUUCCUUAGCCAAUAGAGGAAGAUGAGGGAUGAGUAAACCACACACUGCAGAAACUCAGCAUUUUAGUUAUGUUUUCCAGUGAAAAUAUCCAGACAUUCUUAAAGGAAGACAGAACGUGUCUUAAGCAGCAAAAUAGCAUAUUCAAAAGAUUUCUGAAGAAUCAUGCGACAUGAUGAAAGGCUGGUGUAGUGGCUGCUGAAUUCAGCUUAUUCACAGGAAUAAAUGACAUGAUAAAAUAUUAAAAAAAAGUAAAUAUUAAUAUUUAAUAAUAUUGCUAUUUGAUGGUGUUUUUCACAUAAAUGCAGUCUUCGUGAGCAUAAGAGAUGUCUUCUGAAAACAUACAAAUCUACCAACCCUAAACUUGUCAACAGUACUAUAUUGAAUUACAUUUAUUUACCAAUGUAAAUGUAAAUUUACCAAGUUUUUUUUCUCGUUAUAAACAUCAACCGCUAAAUUCUAUAUUUAUGCAUGCAACAAUAAAGAAAAAAAGAACUGUAUGGUGUAAAAACCUCAUUCCAGAUAUAUUCUUUAGAAGCAAAAUAUUAAGACUAUUUUAAAGUCGUUAUUUCUCAUUUAAAGGCUGUUUAGAUGUUUUACCUGGAAAGCAAGACAAAAUGCUGAUUAAAAUAGUUUGGCAGUGUAGAAGGAUAGAGAAAAGAAAGAGAAAACUAAAAAUAGAGAAUGAACGAGAGAUGAAGGAUUGGAGUCUCAACUAAUAUUCCAUGUUUGACAUUUGCUUGAAUGGUUGUGCCAUUCAUGUUAUUUUAUUUGGUCGCUUCAUUUUCCAGGUCUACGACUGGACUUAUCUCCAGAUGAAACUUCUUCUAUUUGGCCAAAGUCGAGUUCAUUUUGUCUCAUCGACACUCAUCUAGGCUCAGUCUGUUAUUCUCUGUAUGCAUCUAUUAUAGUCUAUUUGUAGUCUUAGUGGCUAUUUUCUGCACAGAGAUGCAAACUCUGCAUGGAUAGAGCCAAAAUACAGCUGCGUAUUGCUAGUAGUGCAGUUUGGAAUAGCACCCUGUAAUAACUUAGCAAGACAAGUUCAGGUUAAGGCAGCUAUGUUAGUCUGGCAGAAAUAUAAUAUCGUUCGCUCACAAAAACAUACUGCUUUGCUCUUAAAUUCUGGUCUGUUACCUCCAAGUCCCAGUCUAGAACCAGUUCAUUCAUUGAGGAUAUGAUGAGGAGGUAAAGCAGAUGGUUUUGUCUCCUGGACUGGUGACCGUUUUGAAACUCAGUAUGUUCUUCAUCUCAAACAUUUAGGAUGGUACCGAAACCUACCGAAGCUACACAUCACAAAGGUGCUGACUCCCGUGACAAAAUUACCAUCAGUGCUACUGGACUACGUGGAAAACCGUUUUUAUUUUUUGUGGGGUUUUUUUACAUCUCAUUAUGUUGACAUUUCUUUUUUUGUAUUUCAAGGAAUUCUAGACAGCAGAGAGAUUGAGGGCGCCGUUUUGUUUGUUGCAUAAUUCAGCAUAUCUUCAUAUUGUUGGUCAGUAUGUUGCUCUAAGCAGAAUGAGAACACAUAAAUCCUAGAAUGUGAAUCUUAAUCAUCGUUUGAAGUGGCAGUGACAGAAAAACCGCUAGCCAUACCUGAAACAUGAUUUGAAAUGAUAGCCAUUGCUAUAUGCUAGUUGCCUUUAAUCCUGCUCCUUAGAAAGAGAAGCCAAUUAUUAUUUUUUUCCUUUUUUUUCUUCAUUUUUUUUUUAUUUAGGAUAUUAUUUUGGAGAAUAUGUCACAAAUGAAAAAGUUUAUUUCUGUAUAUACAGUAUUUAAAGAUAUUGUACAGAUUUUUAGCGUUGUUUUAGCAUUAGCGGCUUUAUGAGCAGUGUGUGUAUGCAGGCCUUAAGAGCACACAUUCUUUCUUCCACUCUCACCAGCCUUCAUAUGAACACUAAAUUCAGACAUUACCCUAAUCCAAACCCAAACAUAAUCUCCAAGACAAAACUAUAAUCCCAUUCCCAAAACCAUAACCUUACCUUAACCCCGAACCACACCCCUAUGUAGACCAAAAUUACCCCAACUUUCCAGUUCCCAAAUGCAGUUGUGUGAAAUGCCUUUUGUUUUGCUUCAUUUUUAGAAAUUACAGCAAAGAUCCCAAGACUUGAAAACCUUUUACCUUAACAACUUUACUCGCAAUUAUUUGAAAUUUGAAGUUUGUGGUAUAUUUUGGUUUGGGAAAUGAGGUGACUGUUGUGUAUGUGGUCUGUAGAGGAGAACAAUAGUUGUGAGUUUGGUUUGGGAGAUAUUGAGACAAAUGCGAUACUAACAACAAAAAAAAAAAAAAAAAAAAAAAUGAAAGCAAUAAGGUAUUGCAAUGUGACGUUCCACAUUUUAUUCCCACUUCUUCCAUCAUGCUAUUCUGCCAAUGUGAAGUCUGUGUGUCAGAGCUUCAGCUGCAAAAUUAUAAGGCUGCUAUGGAAAUGUAUUAAUCAAGGUGAUGAUAACUGAACAUUUGUAUUAUUUGAAAGUCGGCAUGUAACUCAACUAUGGCGUUCUUUGAAAAAUCUGUCAUGUGGUUGCUUUUCCAUAAAUUUGCAUAGCAAUACAGUGCGCCAAAUAGUUAUUGCAAAGGACAAUUACAUUUUGUGAUAAUAGCACAGAUCAUGGAUCAAAAACAUGAUGGAUCAAACGUCUCCCUCUAAAAAUCCUACCAAGCGUCUGCCAGGGUGACCACAGAUUGUGAAUAAAAUAUCAUCAAACAAUAUAAUAUCAUUAAAAUGAAAUAAAUAGCAAGAUGCACACAGGAUAAAACGCUAAAGCUUCUCAAUGUAAUCUGAAGUUGCUGCUCAUGUGAUUGUUAAUUGCAAAUAACCGCAUAUGCUUUGCACGAUUCGCAUGAGAGACCAACAAAUAAAUUUUUUUUUUGUAAUGUUCAUUUAUUCUAUUUUAAAUAAUCGCUGUAUAAUAAAACCCAAGCUACUACAGAUCACUCUCUCAUUGGCUUGUGCAAGGCAGUAGAAGCAGGAAAUGAUGUCAUCACAUGUGAUAUGUGUGCAUGCACCUGUAGGGCAGAGCACACACACAUAAACAUACACCUUUACAAACGUGCAGAUUUGUGACUAAACACACCUUUUUUGCUUUGAGAGUGUUGGUAGGGUUAAUGUUAGAGAUAAAAUCUCCUUGUUUUGCUGAUUUACACUUUAGCUUUUGUUCUUCACUUGAUUUGCACCAUACCAGGUCAUUGGCAGCUUUGCUAUUUUUUUUUUUUUUAUGAUAACAAUGUAUAGCCUCUUUAUAAAAUGUAGUUAUUGCUAUGAUGUGCUUGUAUAAGCACAUAAAGAGCACUAUCUAUUUGUUUUUCAGUUUGAUUUUGAUCACGCCGUCUGAGGUAUUAAGACACUCAUCCCUGAAGAGGGACAUUUGCUAAUAAUUCACUGUGAAUUUGAUUUUGAAUGGCUUUUCAGCAUUAUUUUAUUUGACUGGUUGUAGCUAGGAGAAAAUGCACCAGUUCAUAGGAUUUGGGGGGGGGGGGGGGGGGGGUGAAGAAUUUCACUGUUUGCUAGAUUCUGUGCUUAAAAUGCUUGAAAGUCACCUAGUCAUUCACUUCGAUCCAAGAUAGCUGCUCAGUCAUAGAGCUGACGUGGACUUUCACUCACUGUGUAAACUCACAGACUAUACCUACUUGUUUUUUUUUUAGUCAGUGUAUACAUUGUCUCUGCUCUUGCCAUAUGCACAUCCAAAAAGAUUUGCAACUGUAUUUCAAUCGAUGCCAAGUACUAACAGCCAAACAGUCACCCAAUAAAAAGUAUGUUUAUUUCAAAAAAAA